GUCCUUCCGGCCAUCAUAACAACGGAAGCCAAAGCUUAUCUCUCUUAAAUGACCGGAGUGUGGCUAGGUUGCGCAUCAAGACACAUGCUCAUGGACAUGCCACUCUCGCUGCUUGCUUGCCGAUUCUUUGGCCUCGUAGACAAAGGCAGAAAGUUAAGCGAGAGUGGUCCCUAGGGCUUUGACAUUGAACUCGUCGACCUAUAUAACAUGGUUACGUUCUUCUCCGGGGACAUCUCCUCACAGACCCUUCCUCGACCCCUCACACGCUCCUCCUCUCUAGUAAACAUCUAUCUAUCCUAAACUAUGUCUCACGAACUCCCCAUCUAUUUCCGGAACGAUUGCAUAGCACCGUGGGAACCCACCUAUCGGGAAGACCUAAUUAUCGGACACCAAAAUUUGAUUGAUUCUCAAGAGGAGCUGGCUUACCAACUCGAUUACAUCAGUCAAGACAGCCCGUUCACCACUCCCCCCGAGUCCCAGGAGGAAGGCCACGAGGACAAAGAGGCUUUCCUAAUACAGUUUGAAGAAAAGGCCCGAGAGGCGUUCGCCAAUGUCCGUUCCCAAUUGGACAGCGCGGAGGGUAGCAGUUAUAACAUCGACGGCGUUGAGAUUCUGCACCAGAUUCCCCCUCCCACUUGCCCCUCAAAAGACGGACAGCAAGUGCCAGCAACGACCGGCUCGCAAAAUCUUGUUUCAGGGAACACUACAACUCAGGACGCGCAGGACGAUUUUGACUAUUCGGAGUGGCUUAAAGACAUGGACUCGGAUGUCGACGAAGUGGCUUGUGUUUCUCAGGACGAGCACUCAUUCGAGUUCGCGAUCGAAAAGGUUAACUCAGUGGCGGACCCUGUUUCCCGUUCCUCUUCUUCCUCUUCUUCCAUCACCUCUAGUGGUUCCUCUUCGAUGCCGGUGACCCCUCCAGACGAGGACAAGCUUCCUCUUUUAUCUAUCGCGUCAUCUCAUCUUCAGAGACCUUUUUUAUAUCUCCGAAUACCAUCUCCAGAAACUGAAGCUAAACAGAAGGAAGAACGUGAAUACUUCCGCUCAGUCCUGUCUGGUUCCAUCAAAACACCGACGUCUGUGGCUCAUCCUCGCAUCGGUGGCGUUUCUCAGAUCGACCUCACGCCAGGAGGAAGUUCCAGGCGCGCCUAUAAUCACCCUUCCUCCUUCUCAAAUACACGUCGACAUCCUCCUACCCCCCAGCAGUCCCUAUCCGCCGUAACGCAGGGCGCUGAUCGUCGCGUAAAGAAGUUUCUGUUUGAUGGCGGUUCCUACAUGCCAUCCGCUGCUACUUCGCCGACCUCCCCCAGCCCAUCAGCUUCUAGUAUCGUGCCAACUUCCAAUACUACACCAACCGCCAGAGCGGUAUUACCUCCCAGAUCUAGGCCGUCUGCUAGUACUAAGCCACCCAGCGCUCGGCCUUCUGCUAGUACUUCGAGGCUGCCGGCUCAAUCACUUGUACGAAAACCUUCCGUCAGACCGAAGAAGCGGAAAGCUACCGAAGAGCCAGAGGAGAAACCUGCCAAACAACGUCGCUCUGCUGUACCAAGAAAAGCUGGUGCUCUCUACUGUUUGGAUAAAGGCUGUCCUUAUGAGCAAGAAGAAAAGCCGUUUGAUCAAAGCCGGGACCGCAACCGGCAUAUGGACCGCCACUUUGGUAAAAGGUUUGAGUGUCCAAGAUGUGGUGAUCGUCGCGCUCGCAAGGAACUGAGCAGGAAACAUCUAUGCAAGGCAGGCGAAACCGAACAGGGGAAAGAUGCGGAUUCUCCUGUCGUGGUUCACCCUUCGGCGUGGACGGUGUCUUGGCCUGCCAGAUUGAAGACUCCUCCUGCGGAUGACCCAUUGUACCGAUACUACACCAGGUCCAUGAAAGAAGGUGACUAUGACAACGAAUCCGACGAUGACUCGGAGGAAUGAAGUGAAAGGAUUCGAUAAGGGACACUUCAAGUAGUGUAGUCCUGCUGUAAUAUUGAUUACUUACCCAUUCUCCUUAUUUUGAUAGCUCUACCCAGUCACAAUGUUUGUUGCUCCAUCAUGUAUGUUCUACUAAACUUUCUCAGCAUAUUCAAUCUAUUGCGUUCGUCACACU